AUGAAAUGCUUAAUUUGCUGGGGCUCAGGUCAAGUGAGAUGUGGAGGGUGUGAUGCAAAGGGUAAACAUAUCUGUGACGCAGCAUCUGCGACUGAGACCGAGGAAUAUUGUGGUGGAAGUGGCGCUGUAUAUGCCAAAGAUGGCUCUGGACGUACUGUUAAUUGUUCAAGGUGUCUUGAUGCAAAAGUUGUAAUGGAAGGACCACGAUCAAUUGUGCAGGCUGUAGCGGUCGAGGAACUUGGUUUAACUAAUUGGAAAUAUUGA